UUUCUCACGUGUCCGGGGGCAAUUUAUGGACCCUUUGGUUGAGAAGAGCCAGGGCCGGACGUUUAUAGCGGCUCGCGCGGGACUUGAGUCGACUGAUUGCCCUAUUUUUGCCACUCACAACAGCAACAUUGGCAAGAAUAUUAUUCUAAGAGUUGCAAAUCACCCGGCCAGGCAAGGCUGAAAGGUUAAAGGAGACAUCUUUGGGCCAUGGGUGAUCAGGAUUCCCUCAACCCGCGCAGAUCCAGCAGCCCUCCCCCUUCUUACGAAGCCGCCAUUCGCGACCCCGUUGUCAUGGCAGCGACACGGAGACAGAGCCCCGAGUACGACAACUCCAGUUACGAACCGAACGAGGACGACCACAGUUCCAGGAGACAAGACUCCCUCGUCUCGAGCGGAUCGGAAACUGAAUCUCAACGCGUGAACGGAGAAACACAGACAAACGAAGAUGAAUUUGAUGACGACUUUCCGGCGGAGGGCACCUCUGCAAAUGGUUCAGUAGUAGCCAACGGAGAUGCGGACAUUAAGAUUUUUUCACAGGUGGCACCCAUCUGUCGGAGGAAAUCUUAUGAAGAUGCGUUUGAAAUUACGAGUAGCAGUAAAAAGAAAAGAAAAUGGAAGGCCAAGAAAGAAAAGGAAGAGAAGAAAGAAGAAGAAGAAAAGACAGAAAUGAUUGGCUUCUUUGAGUUGAUGCGCUACGCUGACAAAGUCGACGUCAUCUACAUGAUCUUGGGCACCAUAUGUUCCGUCCUUGACGGUGUGAUGCAGCCCAUUCUCCUCUACGUGAUGGGUACCAUGGUGGACGUGUUCACCAACUACGGCAAGUUUGACGCCAUCUGUAAGGAAGUCUUUGGAUACUCCAGUAUCUACAACUGCACCUUCGACAAUGCCACUUUUGCCAACUUCAGUCUGACUGAAGACCAUUGGAAUGAUGCGUUAGGGAUCACAAUUGUCAUGGCGGACCUGGCGUACUAUUUCGUUGGCCUGGCCUUCGGUGUGGUGAUAUUCGGGUAUCUCCAGAUAGCCUUCUGGACGCUGGCGGGGGCUCGGCAGACCCGGCGGAUUCGCCAGAACUUCUUCCGCGCCAUCAUGAGGCAGGAGGUCGGCUGGUUUGACACGAAUCCAAGCGGGGAACUCAACUCUGUGCUCGCCGAUGACAUGAACAAAGUCCAAGAAGCCAUGAGUGACAAGGUCAGUAUGUUUAUCCAGCGCAUGACGACCACGUUCGGCGGGCUGAUUCUGGGCUUCACGCAGAGCUGGAAACUCACUCUGGUCAUCAUGUUCGGCUGUGCUCCCCUGCUGUUCAUCGGGGCAUACAUCAUAUCAAAGGCCACAGCGACCCUGUCAGAGAAGGUGUCAGCUGCCUACAGUAAGGCUGGAGCUGUGGCCGAAGAGAUUCUGUCAUCCAUACGGACUGUGGCAGCUUUUGGAGGGGAGAAAAAGGCAGCGGACAAGUACUUUGCAAACUUGGGUGAUGCGGAGAAGGCAGGGAUCAGGAAAGGCAUCAUCACCGGUGUCGGGCUGGGGUACAUCUGGCUCAUCGUGUUUGCCUCCUACGCGCUGGCCUUCUACUACGGCUCCGUCCUGGUCGCUAACGAGGGCUUCACAGUCGGCGGCUUGAUCACGGUGUUCAUGGGAGUGUUGAUCAGUGCCAUCGUGUUUGGAGAAGCCAUGCCAAACCUGGAGACAGUCAACACAGGAAGGGGCGUGGCCAAGGGCAUCUUUGAGAUGAUUGACAGGGUUCCUUUGAUUGACAGCAGUUCCACAGAAGGCCUGAAGCUCGACCACACAGAAGGAAACUUUGAGUUCAAAAAUGUCCAUUUCCACUACCCAGCCAGGCCUGAUGUCAAGGUUUUGAAUGGGUUGAAUCUUCAGGUGAGAAAGGGCCAGACUGUAGCUCUGUGUGGGUCCAGUGGUUGUGGGAAGAGCACCACUGUACAGCUGAUACAGAGGUUCUACGACCCCAGCAAGGGAAUGGUGACCCUAGACGGACAUGACAUCAGGUCCCUCAACAUCCAGUGGCUGCGGCAGAACAUCGGCGUAGUGAGUCAGGAGCCGGUUCUGUUCGCCACCACCAUCGCCGAGAAUAUCUCCUACGGGCGGGCCGGGGUCACGCAGGAGGAGAUCGAGAAAGCCGCCAGGGAAGCCAACGCCCACGACUUCAUCAAGAGACUGCCAAAGAAAUACAACACCCUGGUGGGGGAGCGCGGCGCCCAGCUGUCAGGAGGACAGAAGCAGAGGAUCGCCAUCGCUCGAGCGCUUGUACGCAAUCCCAAGAUCCUCCUGUUGGACGAGGCCACCUCCGCUCUGGAUACCGAGAGUGAGGCAACGGUGCAGGAAGCCCUGGACAAGGCUCGCCAGGGCAGGACCACCAUUGUCAUUGCUCAUCGCCUCUCAACCAUUAGGAACGCUGAUGUCAUCAUGGGCUUCAGGAAGGGACAAGUGGUAGAAAUGGGCACACACAAUCAGCUGAUGACAAAGAAGGGUGUGUACUAUCACCUGGUGAUGUCACAAACCAUGAAGAAGGUUGACAAUGACACUGAUGAAGAAGAGGAGGAGCACCUCAGGCCGAGGACCCGGUCUCGUCGCAGCCUGCGCCGCUCUGCGUCAGGUCGAAGGUCGAUGCGGGGGAUGGCGACCGAGCGGGCGCGGUCCCUGUCCAUGUUGUCAGCGGCAACGUCAGCUGCAGGCGACUCCAGCAGUGACUCAGAGAGUGAUGAGGAAGGUGAAUUCAUAAACGAAGCUUCCAUUGGUCGGAUUGCUAAGAUGAAUCGCUCAGAGUGGCCGUACAUCCUGUUCGGUGUGAUUGGAGCCUUCAUCAACGGAGCCAUCCAGCCUGUCUUUGCUGUUUUAUUCUCAGAGAUCCUAAAUGCCUUUGCAGCACCAGGUGGUAACAGUGAUGUUCUGGACUCCAUUCUGAUCCUGGCUAUGAUGUUCCUGGGACUGGGAUUCAUCUCUCUUCUCUCCAACAUCUUAGAGUUCUAUAUGUUUGCCAAGUCUGGGGAAAUCCUGACCAAGAAGAUGAGACAGCUGGCAUUCACAACAAUGCUGAGACAGGAGAUUGGUUGGUUUGAUGACCAUAAGAACAGUACAGGAGCACUGACUACCAGGCUUGCAGCUGAUGCCUCUAUGGUACAAGGGGCGACAGGUAUCCAGCUUGGUGCCAUUGUUGAGUCGGUAUCGUUGAUGGGGAUCUCCAUCAUCAUCGCAUUCCUUGCGGGGUGGAAGCUGACGUUUGUCGUUCUCGGGUUCCUGCCGUUCCUGGUCCUGUCAGGCGCCAUGUCACAGCGAGCCCUGCAGGGUCAUGCUGCCAGGGACAAGGAGGCUCUCGAGGAGUGUGGCAAGCUUGCUACAGAAGCCAUUGAGAAUGUGCGGACUGUGGCAGCCCUGACCAAGGAACCUAUGUUUGCUGAAAACUAUAACAAGUCCCUGUAUGGACCAUACAAGGAGUCGAAGAAAAAGGCUCACAUCUUUGGCUUCUCCUACGGGUUCUCCCAGUCUAUCCAGUUCUUUGCCUACGCAGCAGCCUUCAGCUUUGGAGCUUGGCUCAUCACCAUACAGGACAUGAAGUUUUAUGAAGUCUUCAGGGUGUUCUCCGCCAUCGUGUUCAGCGGAACUGCGCUGGGAAGAGCGAGCUCCUACGCUCCCGACUACGCCAAGGCCAAGAUGGCCGCCGCCAGAAUAUUUGACCUUGUGGAUCGCAGACCGCUGAUAGACAGUGGACAUGAAGGUGGUGAUAAACCGAGUGACCUGGUUGGCAACAUCACCUUCAAGGAUGUUCGUUUCGUCUACCCGACGCGACCCGACAUUCGGAUCCUGAAUGGCCUGAACACAGAGAUUGAGGCGGGACAGACGUGUGCGUUAGUCGGCAGCAGCGGCUGUGGAAAGAGCACCAGUGUGGCACUACUGGAGAGGUUCUACGACCCCAUAGAUGGCAAUGUGCUGAUUGACAACCGGGAUGUGCGGUCCCUGAACAUCAAAUGGCUGCGCUCCCAGCUGGGCAUCGUGUCCCAGGAACCGAUCCUCUUCGACAUGUCCAUCGGUGAAAACAUUGCGUAUGGCGACAACUCACGCGAGGUCAGCCAGGAGGAGAUCGAGGCAGCAGCGAAGUCAGCAAACGCUCACGACUUCAUCUCAGCUCUGCCUGAUGGUUAUAAGACAGGAGUAGGAGACAGGGGUACACAGCUGUCAGGAGGCCAGAAGCAGAGGAUCGCCAUCGCCCGGGCGCUCGUCCGCAAACCCAAGAUCCUGCUGCUGGACGAGGCUACGUCUGCGCUGGAUACCGAGAGUGAGAAGGUGGUUCAAGAGGCUUUGGACAGGGCCAGCCAAGGGCGGACAUGCAUCGUCAUCGCUCACCGACUGUCCACCAUCCAAGACUCCGACAAAAUCGUCGUCAUCAACAAGGGGAGGAAAAUCGAGGAGGGCAAGCACGAGCAACUCGUGAAAAUUGGCGGUGGCCAGUACAGGAGGCUGUCCCUCAUCACCCAGAGAUAGGUGCCCGACAAACCUGGACGGAUGAUGUUCAUUAUUUGCCAAAGAUUUGUGCCUGAUAAACAGUAACUGCCUGCUCUUGGUACAUCG